CUUGUGUUCUCGCUGUUUUCGUUUCUGGCUUGACGUUACCGUAGGCAGGUGGCAAAAUAGUGUGUAUUUAGUGAUUACAGCGUUCGAUUUUUCUUCACUUUUGUUAAUUUCUAACAAAUACCUUUAGUAAAGAUAACAAAAAUUGUUGAUUUUUUUUCCAAAAAAUCCAACAACAGUUUUGUAAAUCGUGAUAAUGGGUGGCAAACGAACAAAAAAUAAUACUAAGCCCUCUAGCAGCGGUCGCAGUGCGGAAAUGUUGGGUACAACCGUGCCAACAUUGUUUGGCUUUACCACUCUUGAUAGCAGUAAGAUUCCGGUGGUUCCGAGCUUUGUUCAAAUUGAAAGUCACGGCGAGGAUAUCGAUCCCAAUCUAGACGACACGUAUCAGAUUGUGCUGAAAAAGAUGCUGAAAAAGGAUCCUGUCACAAAAACAAAAGCUCUGCAGGAAUUCACCGAGCUCAUUGGCAAAUCUGAUUUGGAAGUUGUGAAGGCAGUCCUUCCGUUUUGGCCUCGUUUGUACUCGAAUUUGUCUACGGAUGUGGAGCAUCGCGUUCGCGAAACUGCUCAGCAAGCACAGUCGGCAGUCGUAGCAAAGGCGGGUAAGCACAUUGCCCCGUUUUUGAAGCAACUGGCACCGGCAUGGAUAUCCGCUCAGUAUGACACCUACGCACCGGCAUCCAGCAUAGCAGGCCAAUCGUUCAACAGUGCGUUUCCUCCUAGCAAGUUAUGUGAGGUAUUUGUGUUCUGCGAGAGUGAGAUACUUGAUUAUUACACUAAAAAUCUCACCGUCCAUACAGCUAUCACUCUGAGCAAUCCUAAGUCGCACUCACCUGAAGAAUGCGAAAACAAGUACCAACGUGUUCUUAUCGCCAGUUUGCGCGGGUAUGCACUGUACAUCAGUAAGCUACCAAACGAGCAACUGAAAAAGUCGGUGGCCAAGAAUGCUUUGUUGCUGAACAACACUAAAUUUUGGUCCUACCAUAAGCAUAAAACACCAGCCAUUCGUGCCGCAUGGUUCGAGGUGAUCUCUGCUCUUCUUCAGUUCGGAACGUUUUUGAUCGAGCAGCAUCAGCAGCAAAUUACAACCAGCGUAUUUCAGUUUCUAGACGAAACUGACCCGACUGUUGUGAUGCAUGUCUGGAGCUCCAUUGUUCUGGUGCAAACGAAAAUCGCCCCGUGGCAUACCUAUUUAAACUUUGACAAAGCAGUUUUCCCGAAGUUAUGGAAAGUACUGAAAAGUGGAGCCAGUGGAAAUGCUGCUUGUGUUUUUCCGCAUAUGCUGCCGCUGGUGUCGAAAUUCACAAAAGAAGUUCUACAAGAUAAACUUGACAAAUUCUAUACAUUAUUUUUCGAGAGCAUCAACGAAGGGUUGCGUACAGUGCAUUCAAGCCGGUCCGAUGUAUCAGCUAUUUCCCAAGCAUACUACGAAGUUUUCCAAUAUAUAGUUAAUCAAACGGUCAAAAAUGUUGAUCAGUCUUCUCACCAUAUAAAACAAUUCUGCGAGAAAAUGUUGGAGGAUCAUUUAGUGAAAGUAAUUGAAUGGUGUAUUAUGACCGAAUCUUCGUGCGGUAGAUUUAUUUUUGGUAAUAUUGCGACAUUGUUAGAUCACUGGUGCCAUUAUAGUGCAAGCAACGAAAUUUACGAACAACUUCUGGUAACCUUUUGGAACAGACUGUACGAAGUUAUUGAACAAAGUUUAAACGACGCUGUAAGAAUUGAACAGAUCACCCAUUCGCAUGUUGAACUGAUCCAGAAUCUGAAACGAACUUCUCACAAACGGGUAAAGUUUAACAGUGAAUCGGUUGAACGACAGCCAGGGCAGGGUACGGAAUCUAAUGCAUCAUCCGCUGAGCACGCCGAUUGGUUUAAGCAACAACUUCAAACAUUGGUAUACAAAGUUUGUGCCCUGUAUGUUGAUCGUAUUGAUAGUGUCCGUGAUCCGGCCUACAUUAUCGAGCUGGAAAAUCUCAUUCGUCAGUUCCAAUGUGUUGAACUGUUCCAGUUUCUUGCCAAGGGCGACAGAUGCCAAAUUGAAAAUCUGCUUGAUACCUUGGUGGCCAAUUGGCUGGAUGAUGAGAGACUGCAGUUGGAGUACGUUGUAGAGAUUGUAUUAAUUUUGUAUAAAUAUCUGACGGAGCAGGAGCAGAUGACAUUACUGAACAAAUGGAUAAAGCUUGCCAACCAAACCGUUCGCCGCUGGUUGAUACUGCGUGCCUUGAGUCAUCCGCUGUGCCAGGAUCCAAACAUUACGAAGUUUCUUACGCAACCGGAAGUCAGCCAGUAUUUGAUUGAUUGUGCUCGUGGCGUGACGCAGGGAAACACAAAGGAAAAUAUGAUUUUGCUGCACAAAUGCUUCCUAAUCUCGGAUAGUGGCGAUGUUCUGAUCGAUCCGGAAACGUGUAGCAGUAUCAUCAGGACACUGGCGAGUCCGUUGAAGGACGAUAGUGAAAUAGAACUGAAGGAUACGUGUGCUAGUUUUCUAGCGCAAAUAAUGCCCGUGAUUUGCGGAGAUAGUCGACAGCGGGAACUGCAGCAGCGUAUGUUUGUUAUGCUGUUUGAUUUCAGUGCCGAGAAUAGUGUUAGUGAUUAUCUUUCCGGAGAUACACUUUGGGAGGUAACUACGGCAUGGCAGGAUGCCCUUUCCAGUGAGGAUUUGACGUUGGAACCAAGUUUGGCUGAUGAAUGUAUCAAGAUUAUCAACAAGGAAUUAGGAAUUCUCUCCCGAGGGUCGGACUGCAAUCUGGAUGGAUUUGAAAAAUUGGCAGAAAUUUGCGCGAAAUUGAUGAUGUGUUCCACUGAAUCGAACAAGAACAACAUCAGCGAGAGGUGUAAGCAGAUUGAUGUUCUGUUGGGAAGCAUGCUGGAGCGUUGUGCCAAAGAGAAACAUUCGUUUGGGGACACCAUGGAUAAAUUCGCAAAUUAUGUUGAGCUUCUGAAUGGUAAUUUAAUAACCAAUGAUGAAGUGUAUAGCCUAGAUUCGCCAUCCGGAGCAUUCGUGGAAAGUUUACGGAACUGGUUUGCGCAAGACUUUUUCUGUCUGAGUGUGAUAUCCAAGAUCAGCUGCAAUCCUAAACGAAAAAGUCGCGGUGAUUCUGUGAUGGAUCACGAUGGCGAUGAAUGCGACGAUGAGUGUUCCGAAAACAAUGGAAAUUAUCUUCUCUGCUGGUCGGAGCUGUUUUACGAGAACAUUUUGUCUGUGAUACAUACUGUAGCCAUCGGUGAUACCCUACUGUACAACACUAAUAAUCUUGACAGUGCAGUUGAGACAAUUAUUUUAAGCAUACAGGAAAAAAUGGCACUGAUGCUAAAAAGCUUGCCAGAGGACAUUUUGCGAAAAAUUAAAGAACGUUUAUUCUGUUUGGCGAAUACUUCCGGUUUACUGUGGGCCAAGUCACUCGUUUGCUUACUCGAAAUGGAACAAUAUUCGGACACUGACAAUGGUGCUGUGUUGUUGUAUGAAGAUGCUUCCACGGUGACCAACAGCGAGAACUUAAUAAGUUAUAUCAAUAUUUUGCAGGUACUGUCGCGCAAAAUGACACCGAAAUGUUUACCGAUUCGACCUAAUCUGUUUGAAAAUUAUUUCGAUGUUCUGGUGAAGCUUGCCGCCACCCGUUGUUUGAUAGAGAAUCACUUUUCGUCCGAUUUCAAUGAGGUCGGUGAUAAGAAAAUAAUCGGAAACACGUUGAUCGUUUUGCACGAAGUGAUCAGUAAGCAGAAUGACAGUAAAUGUUUACUCUAUAAUUGUGAUCUUCUGCCGGUGGAUGGCGGUAAGCUUUUCUUGGAUGUCGAACUGGCGAACGUACUGUCGGUGGUGAUGCGUCACUUUGCGACUGAGUUGGAUUUGAGUAAAUGGGAUUUCGUUCGUAUUGCGCUGAGCUCGUGGACAUUGACAGUUUCUGCUAAUUAUCAACACUUCAGAAAGAACAAUAUAUCGAUGUUUAUAGCAGCGAUCUUCCGGUUGUUUAGUGCGUUGACUAAGUAUUUUGAGGAAGAAAAAACCAAGAGUUCUACAGAUUUGCUCACCCGAGUCAUGGAUGAAUGGGAAAAUGUGUUUGCCAAGGAUGUAAAUUUAGUUUUGCUGAAAACGUUUAUGAACAUUGUGAAAAUAAUCGACACAACGCAAGUAUGCGACGAAUAUUUCCUAGAUGCUGUGAGUGUUCAUAUUGAUUCAAUUGACUUCCAGUAUGUACUUAAGGCUAACAAGGUAGACUCGAAAAUAUCACUUGACGACCUGAUAAGCUUCGCACUGCUGAAUAUAAACCACUGGAAUGCUCGUGUUUGCAUUGCAUCUGCUGCAAUCAUCCAAAAACUUACGACCGGACUUAUUCAACGUGAUUUAGAAUAUCUUCAACGAAGCUAUGAACAUGCUGAACAGCAACAGAAGAAUUCUGAUGAAUCGAGUGACACGUGGCAUCUUCUGUAUCGUUUCAAGAACACGUUGGAUGAAUUCUUGCCAUCAUUGAGUGAAUUAGUUACGGAGUUUAACAACAAAAUAACCGAAACGGACGAAGCAUCCGGCGUGCGACGUCUGGGCAAACAAACAACACUGUCGUUCCUACUGGUGUGGGAUUCUAUCUUGGGAAUUUGUGCUAAGGCACCUCCCGAGUUGCGAUCGAUCUAUGCAUCCUGGAUUACCACGAACCAUUACGAACAGGUCCUGCUUCCAGUUUUGUUCAAGUUGAUGCCUCCUGAGAUUCUGAAAAACCCGGACUCCGGUGCUGUUUAUGGACAAACAAUGUUCGAUCGUUUAGAAUGGAAUCAAAUCAAAAAUCCAGCUUUGAAAACAGAACGCUACGCAUGCCACUUGUACACACAAUCGUUACGGUUUCUUCCCGCUGUGGUGAGACGCUGGUGGAAUGGCCUAAAUCAUCGGCAUGCGACCCUGAUCGGUAAGGUAACCAGCAACUGUGUGUCGAAUCUGCUCUGUCAGGAUGAAUUUCAAGCCUUGAUGGAGAAGAAAGAUCGACAGGAUAAUAUGCAGAUCAAGGUACAUGUAGCGGCCCGUCAGGUAAUGGCCGUCUAUUCGAUCGAUGAGGCUAAAAUCGAAUUGCACAUUACGUUACCGUGCAAUUUUCCACUUGGAGCAGUUACUGUUGAAGGUGGAAAGCAUAUCGGUGGGCGGCUACAUUCUAGGCAGGUGGUGAUGCAGUUGUCUAUAUUUUUAACGCACCAGAAUGGAUCUAUAUGGGAUGGCCUAUCGCUCUGGAAGCGCAAUUUAGAUCGGAAGUUUGAAGGUGUCGAAGAGUGUUAUGUUUGCUAUAGUGUCAUCCAUCAGGAUACCUGCCAGCUUCCGAAGUUAUCCUGCAAAACUUGCAAGAAAAAGUUUCACGGCCCCUGUCUGUACCGAUGGUUUAGUACGAGCAACAAAUCGACUUGUCCAAUUUGUCGGAAUAUUUUUUAAGAUAUAUAUUUGCUAAGUCUUUUUCUUCGUAGUUUCUAUUUCGAUCCACACACUCACCAACCACGCUGUUAUAUUUACUGUGUAGUUACACAUUAUUGUUCUCGUAUCGCAACAAACCUAAAUGCCGAUGAACUGCAAUAACAAGAUUCAAUACAGAUAUAAAUCGAAAUUAAACGAAAAUAUAGAGUAUUUUACUUGAUAUCAAAACUCCUAGAGAAACAA